GGAAGCGGAUGUGUACAUGUGAUGUGCAGCUUGCAGCUUGUAGUAGGGUUGAUUCGUUUUGAUUAGUUUGCAUUUGUGUCUGUUAAAGAAUGACUCUCUUGUUUUUAAAUCUUCUUUGAUAAAUGAAAUAAAAUAUUGCACUUUAUUGAUGUGAGUCGGUCCAGAGUUUGAUAGCGUUACAUCUCAGACAGCGGCUAACUGCUGGUCAGAGUGAGUUGCAGAACUAGCCAACGUUAUACGAUAUGUAACGAUAACUAUUUAGCUAUCUGAAACGUUAAAACAUUUUUGUAAAUUUACUCAAGACUUACACCGCACGAGCACAUGGCAUCUCGGCAACCUUUCACAGAUUCCGACACUGCAGAUGAAGCAGUUCGGACAACUUGCGAUGACGCAUCAACAUGUAAAAGAUUUGCAACUAGUAAAGGCUACUGGGCAGAUCCUUAUAUCCAGUAUUUUGUGAGGACGACAGGUGAACGAAAAGCCCCUGAGAUCAACAGAGGUUAUUAUGCCCGAGUUCACGGAAUGAACCACCUGCUGGAUGCUUUUCUCAGGAAAACGGACUGCAACUGUCAGGUGGUGAAUCUUGGUGCAGGGCUAGACACCACCUUCUGGAGAUUAAAGGGUAUGAACAUGAUGCCAAAAAAGUAUUUUGAAGUUGAUUUCCCAAUGAUUGUAGCUAGGAAAAUACACAACAUCAAGACUAAACCACCUUUAUCCAAACCUCUUAUUGAGACUCACUCAACUGACUCUCUUCUGUUUGAUGGCCACAGCCUGGACUCUGACAGAUAUUGCAUCAUCGGUACCGAUCUAAGGGAUCUUCCAGACCUAGAGGAGAAGCUGAAGAAAUUUCAAAUGAAUGUCGAAUUACCUACACUGUUCCUGUCGGAGUGUGUGCUGGUGUACAUGACCCCUCUCCACUCCAACAAGCUGGUGCACUGGGUGGCAGACACGUUCCACACAGCCAUGUUCGUCAACUACGAACAGGUGAAUAUGGCCGACCGCUUUGGCCAGGUGAUGGUUGAGAACCUGCUGAGGCGCCAGUGCACUCUUGCUGGAGUUGAGGUGUGCCAGUCUCUGGAUUCACAGAAGGACCGCUUCCUGUCAAAUGGCUGGGAGAACGCUGAUGCUCUGGAUAUGAUGACCGUCUACAGCCUUUUGCCACAGGACGACAUAGCCAGAAUCGAGCGUCUGGAGUUUCUGGACGAGAGGGAACUGCUCCAGCAGCUCCUUCAACACUACUGCAUUUGCUGGGCGUCCAAGGACAAGCUCAGGCUAGGGCUCUCCCAGGUUGCGUUCUGAUGAUGGCGGGGCCGGGCCAGUGACCGGCGGCCAUGAAGAUGUCUCAAAGUGCCAUUCAUUCGCCACUCGUGCCGGACGGGAGGAAGUGCGGGGUCAUCUGGACAAUGGGUUUUCCUCGCAGUCCGGCGACGACAAAACAUGGAAACCACCACAUCAGCAGUUUAGUCAUUUUCUUUGUCUUUUUUUUUUUACGUGGCUUUCGCCUUCCACACCCAUGAGUUUUGGUGUUCUUUUCAUGUUGAAUGAGAUUGGAUCCAACCAUGUGUCAGAUUAAAGCAAUCGUCAUUACUAACUCAUUUUGAGACAGUUUCAGGCACUUGUUUUUAUAAUGUCGUUAUUUAUUUGUAAUGUUUGUGUUAUCUAGAAAGCACUAUAUAUUUUCAGACAUCUGGUGUUGCUUAAAUUAUUUGAUUGUCCAAUGCUCUAAUUUUCUUGUAUAUUUUACUGCAUGGUAUUCUGUGGAUACAUUUUGAUAUGGUUGAGAAUAACUACCAUUGCUCAAUUAAAGUAUUGAUA